CGUAUGACAGCAACCAAUAAUACGUGGAAGUGAAAAUAGAUCGGUGCAGCUCGCAUUUUGUGUUUUGUUUAAUUGUAGCGCUCUCUAUUCCAUGAAAACAUUCCCAUCGGCUGGCAAGUAGCAGCGCAGCGCAAAGUGCAACCAUGUCCGCGGCCCGAAAACCCACGGACGGCCUGCUGGCGCGCGUCAACUUCCCACUGUACGCGAUCGAAAUGCUCACCAGCCGACACGUUCUGGUCGCUGGUGGCGGUGGUGCCUCGAAAACGGGUGUUGCAAAUGGAUUUGAAAUUUAUGAAAUUUACCACGACGGCGAAAAGUACGUGGCGGACGAGGUGAUACGGCACGAAACGGGCCCGACCGUUGUGAUGAACUGUGCGGUGAAGAACGACGAAAAGCGAACGCUGCUGAUGGCUGGCCAGGAGAGCCACUGCCAGAUGUACCUCGUAAAUACGAUUAUUGAUUCUGGCGAGUACAGCCCGUCCGCCUCCACGACCGGCAGCAAGCCCGACUCCGAGGGGCUGCGCAAACGAAGAAGCAUCUCACAGCAACGCUCCGUCCCGUUGAAUGCAGCGGGUGGGACGGCGACGACGCCACCAACACCGGCGGCUGCUGGCGAUGCGAAGAAAUCGGACGAUGGAAAGCAGCCAACGGGCAACCGGAAGCAGAUACGGUUCGAAAUCAAGACGGCCGACUCGGUGCAGACCGACUUUACCGAGGCGGAACCGCUGCAGCGAGUGGUGCGCAUCAGCCCGAACGGGCGGCUAAUGGCGACGGGCGGCAUGGAUGGCCAUCUGCGGGUGUGGAACUUCCCGAAGAUGACGAUCGCGUCCGACAUUGCGGCGCACACAAAGGAGAUCGACGAUCUGGACUUUAGCCCGGACAGCAAGCACGUGGUGUCGAUCGCGAAGGACGGGCUCGGCGUCAUCUGGUCCAUCAACCCGGACAAAGAGUCGAGGAAGCUGGUCUGGAGUCCGCCAGCCAACUGUCGCUAUCUGAUGAAGCGCUGCCGGUACGGGCUGGUCGAGGGCCAGAAGGACAAGUUUCGACUGUUCACGCUGGCCAACCCGUUCGCGAAGGCGGGCAAGGCAAAGGGUCUGCUGCAGCAGUGGGACCCGGACGCGGGCCGCCUGACGGGGGUGGUCGAGAUCGACGAAUCGUUGGCCGCGCUGGCGGUACGGGACGACGGGCGUUUCGUGGCGAUCGGCACAAUGUUCAGCGGCUCGGUGUCGAUCUACAUCGCGUUCAGCAUGCAGCGUGUGCUGCACGUGCCCAAUGCACACGCGAUGUUUGUCACCGGGCUGGAGUUUCUGCCCGUCACCAACUUCGAUGGUCCCGCCAUCACGGGCGACACGGAGGCGGCUGUGCUUUCCAUCUCUGUCGACAAUCGCAUCUGUGUUCACAGCCUACCCUAUCGACAUUCACUACCAGCAUGGGUGGCCAUCAUAGCGAUCAUCUGUAUAUUGUUUUUAACAUUCUGCUUCUGCUCGUACGUUGGACUGUGAGCUCGCAACCUGCCCUUGGAGAGGGGCUUGUUCAGCAGGAGCAAAUACACUAAACUAAGCAUUUUGUGUGCACCUUAGGUGAAACUACGAUAGCGGAGACAGGGAGUUAGCAAUCUUUCAAUCACAAAGCCAAGCACCCGACGUACCAACGACGUAUUACGAUUGUGUGUGUGUGAGUGUUUCGUUUCGGGGUAUUUUUUUUUGUUCGUUUCGGAAGCCUCGACGAUGGCGUAGGUUCUAAUUUAUUUGACAUACAGCACUGUACAGAGUUAGGCAAUUAAUAAAUAUAUUGUUAUUUGUGGCUAUAGGAGCAAAGCACGUAGUA